CAUCUGUAUUCGCAGCAGAGGAUGCUCUGCAUUCAUUUGGUCCUAACUCUGUAUACAGUCCACUUCUUCCCUCCUCGGCACCAUGAAUUAAACCAAAACAGAAGCCUAAAUCUUAGCAGAGACCUUGAGGCAUCAGCAAUGGCCGGAGAAGAUGAGCUGACGCUGCUUGGCUUUUGGGGGAGCCCAUUCGUUCUACGAGCGAGACUUGCUCUCAGCUUCAAGGGUCUGAGCUACCAGUACGUCGAGGAAGACCUGAAGAACAAGAGCGAGCUCCUCCUCAAGUCCAACCCCGUCCACAACAAGGUUCCCGUGCUCAUCCACGACGGGAAGCCCGUCUGCGAGUCGUCGGUCAUCCUGCAGUACAUCGAUGAGGUCUUCGCCGGCACCGGCCCGUCGCUCCUCCCCGCCGACCCCUACGAACACGCCAUCGCUCGCUUCUGGGCUGCCUACAUCGAUGACAAGUAUGUGCCCCCCCCUGUUGACCCAUACGGCCGUGCCAUGGCUCGUUUCUGGGCUGCUUACAUUGACGACAAGCUGUUGAGCUCGUUUAUGAUGAUGAGCAUGGGCAACACGGAGGAGGAACGGGCAGAGGGGAGGAAGCAAGCGUUUGCCGCUGCGGAGAUCCUCGAGGAGGCACUGAAGGAGUGCUCUAAGGGGAGACCAUUCUUCGGAGGGGAUAGCGUCGGCUACGUUGACAUCGUGCUCGGAGGCUUUGUCCCAUGGGUGCACCUAAUCGAUCGCUCUACUGGCUCGAAGCAAUUCGAUGCAGGCAAGACCCCGCUCCUGGCAGCGUGGCUGGAGCACUUCGGCUCGUUGGACGCGGCCAAAGCUGUCGUGCCAGACUUGGAGAGGCUGGUUGCGAUCAGCAAGAUGAGGAAGGCCUAAUGAACAGCCAAGGAAACUGAAGUAGCUGAGGGCGUGGGCGUUUGCUGCUUACAGUUUAUGAUUGUUGUUCGAGUAAAAAAGUCCCUCUAUUUACAAGUCACAAAUCCAUGACCACAAUAAUCUCAGUGUGAAGAAAACAUUGUCAUUCCAAAUUACUGCCAUGCCGGACUUUCAUUACGAUGCUCUCCUUUCUUGUGCUCUCCGGUUCUUUGUAUCCGCCCCUUCUCCACUUUGAGGAAUAAAUGGGUUUAGAGGUUA